UCACCCAAUCAAAGACAAAAUCAGCAGAAAACGAAGCAACUGAACCCCACUCGCCGCCGCAGUUUACCGUUACGAGAAAACUCUCCCUCGAAACCGUCGUCAGCUCAACGAAUGAAAGAAAGAGAAAAGAUAAAACCUUUGAAUGCGUAAGUGGUGUCUCCAAUGGCUGGUACUGCUUCGUCGCCUGCCCUAAGUAACCACAGCGCCGACAGCGCUCCCUCACCGGCGUCCGCUCCCGCCGCGACCACCGUAACCGCUGCUGUCGUGUCCAGCCAUCCGACCAUAAACGCGUCGAAGAAUCUUCGAGGGCUUAAUAAACCUAAGUGCAUAAAGUGCGGCAAUGUUGCUCGCUCAAGGUGUCCGUUCCAGUCAUGCAAAAGCUGCUGUGCGAAAGCGCAAAAUCCCUGUCAUAUACAUGUUCUGAAAGGUGGUUCAACUCUUCCAGAUAAGUUACCAUCUUCUGGGUCCCCUGUGGUAGACCAGCAGUCCACUGAAGCAUCUCACUCUGGGAGCUCGCACAGAGGAGCUGCUUCACUUCGUCAACUCUCCACCAAUUUUGCACAGUUCAAUAAUUUGCAGACCCCACUAAGAUCGAGGAAGCCACUGACCAGAAAGGAUGCCCAACUCAUUAACGAGUGGAGGUUUAUGAAGUUAAAGGAAUACAGGGACAGUAAUAUUGCAGCUGAAAAUGAAGCUUUUGAUCGCUACAUGCAGAAUGUUGGUCUAUUAGAGGAGGUUUUUGCAGUGAAUUCUGCAGAGGAUGAGAGGAAUGAGGAUGGUUCAACAGAAGAUGAUAAUGAGGCAACGAUAAACCGGUUGAAGUUACAGCUUAGAUCAGAUCCAACUAGAAUAGAGAAUACCAGGAAGAGGAUGCAAUAUAUUGUUGAUCAGGGAUUGAGGAAGCUUAGGAAGUUGGAGUCAGGUGACAAUGCUACUGACCUUAGUGAUCUGGAUGCACUUGGCAAAAAGAAAAAGGCCAAGAGCGCUGAAGCUGAGUGGGUUGUGUCAUUCACUGAUCUUAUCGAUAAGUUGAAUAAAGCUCGAAAUGAGGAAGACCUUAAAGCUUGCUGGGAGAUGAAGUCCCAACUGUUUAACCAAAAUAAAAAAGAAAAGCAAGCAGAGUCUGAUAAUGCAGAGGCAUCAAUUGAGCAGAGUUCAGAAGCUAGUGUCCUGCCAACAAUGCCAUCGGGUUAUUCUCCACCUAAGUGGUUCAGCACAUCCACCAUUGAUGAUGAAGAACUUCGUCGACUUAAUGCACAGUUUGAUUCACUUGAGGAUAUAGAAGAAUUGUAACUUAAUGCAAUCUUUAGGUCGGAUUGUAAUUCGUGUAGUCUGUUAGAUAGUGGACCAAAUUCGUGGUAUGAUUUAUAUGAUUCUGAAUCUAAUAGAACUAACCUUUCAUGUUGUUAUAUAGCGACUUGUGAACUGUUGAUAAGUUAUACUGCCUGGUGCCAAGCUAAUGGAGGCCCAUUUAACGGCA